GCUGUUUUGAUGUAUUCAAAUUUUGGAUAUGAAAUUUAUCAGACAGUAUACUAAUACUAUAGUAGUUAAAAUGGAAAAUAUGAGGAUGCAUUUGGUAAUUGCCCUUUAUAUCAAAUUAGAUAUGAGAAAGUCUAUGUUAAGAGAUAAGUAAAAACUAAAAUAAAAACCAACUGGAAAAGUAAUCAAACCAGAAGAUUUAGAAUUUAAUUGA